AUGAAUAAUCAAGAAGUUACCUAUGCAGAACUCAAUCAGGUUAAGGGCUCAAAAAGACAUCAAAUGAAAGCUAAGGGCACUAAAAGUUCCAUUUCAGUAACUGAGCAGGAAAUAACCUACGCAGAAUUAAAUCUUCAAAAUGCUUCUCAGGAUCUUCAAGGCAAUGGCAAAAAUUACCCGUGGAAAGAUGUACCUUCAUGUCCAGGGAAGCUCAUUGCUGGGAUCCUGGGAAUCAUCUGCCUUGUCUUGAUGUCCACUGUGGUCACAAUAGCUGUUAUUCUCUCUGAUCCCUGUGGUCAUUGUCCAAAAGAGUGGAUUACAUGUUUCAACAAUUGCUAUUACAUUAGCACUGAAAGAAAACCAUGGAAUGAGAGUUUGAUGUUCUGUGCUUCUAAGAACUCUAAUCUGCUCUCCAUAGAUGAAGUGAACAUGGUCUUGAUUUUCAUUGAAAACUGUGCUUCCAUAGAUGCUUUUUUGCCUGAAAUAACUUUACUAUUUAAUUUUACCACACAUCAAGGAAACUAA